AUGUUUUCUCCCAUAGAAAAAUUAAAAUUAUUUGUAUUUUUGACACGUUCACUUUCAUAUACUAUAAAUGUUGUUUCACUUGGCUCNGUAUCAAUAUUGAACAAGAACCCAUAGAAUUAAAGUGUAGAAAUAUAUGAACUUUUAAGAGAAGUGAUUAUUUGAUAUAUUGUAGAUAAAAACAAUAGAAUAGAAAAUGAUACUCUUUCAUAAAUUUCGUAGUCUUUAUGAUUAAAAAGAAAUUAUUAAGUCUCCUUUGUAGAUCUAGAUAUAAUUCUAAGAUUAGAGUAAAUCUCCUAAAUCAGAUAAGGUUUGUAAAGCUUAAACAAAAAGAGAAUAUCUUCAUUCAUCAUCUAGAACAAGAUUAUCAACAGGAGGAGAAGCAAUUACACCAAAGAGUUAAAGAUUUUAAAAUUAUUUUGAACAUUAAUAUUCGUCUUGUGCACAGCUUAUACAAAAAGAUUAAGAAAAAGUGAUCCAAGAAGAAUCGGAAACACUGAUUGAUUAAACUUUAUAACAAUGA